AUGUCGAGUGUUACAAGCAGUGAUAUUACUUCAAGUAAUCAAGUUCGAGAUAAAGAUAAGAAUUGCGAUUUAAAUGAAUCAGAAGUUUCGGUGAUCUCAAGUAAAAAUCGAGUUCCAAGGCCGGCAGUCGAGAACAAGCUACGAACAAUGGCGGAAUCGCUGAGAAAAAACGGAGUUGAAUUACUUCUCAAAAGUAGUUGUUUAGAAGGAGGAUUACUUAAAUAUGCCGCCCGAUUUGGAAAUAUUAAACUGGUCAAGCUGCGGAUUCAACAUGGUGCAGAUGUUAAUGGUUCAGGACGAAAAGGCAGUUCUCCACUUCACUUGGCAGCCCAGUAUGGACAUCACGAGAUUGUUAAACUUCUAAUCCAAAAUGGUGCGCGAGUCGAUUCUGUUUUAACUGGACCAAUAAAAAAUGGAUAUACGCCGCUACAUCUUGCUUGUUUAAACAAUAAAAUUAAGUGUGUAAAAGUUCUAUUGAGGUAUGGAGCAAGUGUUACCCCAAAAUGCGCCGAUGUUUACCAUCCAAUCCACUUCGCGGUAUUUAAGAACUAUGUUGAAGUAGCGGCGUUGCUUUUGAACAAUGGCGCGGACGUGAAUCUACGAUUCAACAAUAAAUUUUUUCGUAACAAAUGGGACGAAAAGAUUUUGUGGAAGGACAUGGAUUUAACGCUGUUACACUACUCGAUUGCUCGAAAAGACAAAGAAAUGACAGCAUUAUUGUUGGAGUAUGGAGCUGAUAUUCAUUUAAAUACGAGGUCAAAUAAAACAUCAUUGAUGCACGCUGUUGAAGCAAAUGAUCCCGAGCUGGUUAAAUCAUUUUUGGCGAAAGGUGCAAACCCCAACGAUCAAGAUAUUUAUGGUAAACCAGUAGUGUUUUUCGCGGUCUUAAAUGCCAAUAAUCAAUUUAUUUAUUACAAUAGACAAGAAUUUUUAUCCUGUAAUGAGAAAUCGGAAGUCAUACAAAUUUUAUACGCUGCCGGAGCUGACGUCAAUGCGAAAUUUCGAUCGAAUGGAUCUUCUAAUUCACUUGUUUACUACACGUGUAUGUAUGGACAGUUCAACAUCACUCUAUUUAUACUUCAUCAUACCAAUUUCGAUUGGCGGAACAUUGAUGUUCCAACAAUUAUGGUAACAAAAUUUAUAGCGGAAGCUAUUUCCCCAAAUGAUCGACAUGAUUUUAAAUACAUUUCAUCUCUUAAGAAAAAUUUAGAUCUUUCGAGAACAGUAUUAUUGUACUACACUUUUAGUAGACACAUGAUUGGUUUACCAGUAAAAGAAGAAGUAUUAUCAGCAAUAUACUCUUCAGAGCAAAACAUGAGCCAAUUGAUUUGUUAA